AUGGAGAGCGCCUUUGCCCGUCCAAUUAAGGACGUGCUGCACGAGUUCAGGGUUGACCCUGACGCUGGUUUGACAGACAGCCAGGUCAGCGAAUCUCGGAACAAGCAUGGCAGCAAUUCCAUUCCAGAGGAACCCCCCACCCCGAUUUGGGAACUCAUUCUCGAACAAUUCAAGGAUCAACUCGUCAUCAUUCUGCUCGGAUCAGCUGCCGUAUCAUUUGUUCUUGCUCUCCUCGAAGACGAGGGUGGCUGGAGCGCCUUCGUCGAUCCUGCGGUGAUUCUUACCAUUCUUAUUCUCAACGCCGUCGUCGGAGUCUCUCAAGAAAGCAGUGCUGAGAAGGCUAUUGCUGCCCUCCAAGAAUACUCGGCCAACGAGGCCAACGUAAUUCGCAAUGGUGGACACGUUUCCCGAGUAAAGGCCGACGAGCUGGUUCCUGGUGAUGUUGUCACCGUUGCCGUGGGAAAUCGUAUUCCUGCGGAUUGCCGAGUCAUCGCUAUCGAGAGUAAUAGCUUUUCCGUUGACCAGGCUAUUCUUACCGGAGAAAGUGAAAGUGUUGGCAAGGAUCACUCUGCGGUUGUUAAGGACUCCAAAGCCGUCCUGCAGGACCAAGUUAACAUGCUCUUCUCUGGUACCACGGUUGUUACGGGUCGCGCCAAGGCUGUCGUCGUUCUUACAGGUCCUAACACUGCCAUCGGUGACAUUCACGAGAGCAUCACUGCUCAAAUCUCAGAGCCCACCCCACUCAAGCAGAAGCUGAAUGACUUUGGCGACAAGCUUGCCAAGGUUAUCACCGUCAUUUGCAUUCUCGUAUGGCUGAUCAACAUUCCCAACUUCAACGACCCAAGCCACGGCUCCUGGGCCAAGGGCGCCAUCUACUACCUCAAGAUUGCCGUCUCUCUCGGAGUCGCGGCCAUCCCCGAAGGCCUUGCUGUCGUCAUCACCACUUGUCUGGCUCUGGGUACUCGCAAGAUGGCUGCCAAGAAUGCCGUCGUCCGUAGCCUUCCCUCCGUGGAGACACUCGGAAGCUGCAGCGUCAUCUGCUCUGACAAGACUGGCACACUCACCACCAACCAGAUGAGUGUCAACAAAGUUGUAUACCUCAAUGAAACUGGUUCUGAUCUGGUGGAGCUCGAUGUGGAGGGCACCACUUUCGCACCAAAGGGAGCUAUCAAGUCCAAUGGCAAGGCGGUCGAAGGCAUCACUGAAAGCUCUGAGACUGUCCGUCAGAUUGCUGAGGUCGCUGCUGUUUGUAACGAUGCUAGGCUCGCUUAUGAUUCUCGCACUGGCGCAUUUUCCAACGUUGGUGAGGCAACUGAGGGUGCCCUCAGGGUUCUGGUCGAGAAGCUUGGGCCCUGUGCUCCCUCUAGCACCCACCCUGAUGAUUGUGUCCACUACGCCAACUCUACCUAUGAGAAGCGCUUGCCUCGAAUUUCCACUUAUGAGUUCUCGCGAGACCGCAAGAGCAUGUCUGUGCUUGUCAAGGAUGGCAAGCAGCAGAGGCUCCUUGUCAAGGGUGCCCCUGAAUCCAUCAUUGACCGCUGUUCUCAUGUUGUGCUUGGUGCCCAUGGUAAGAAGGUUGCUAUCAACAAGAAGCUCUCAGAGACUCUUUUGAGGGAGGUUGUCGAGUAUGGCAACCGUGGUCUACGCGUAAUUGCUCUCGCCUCUGUUGACGACGCCUCCAAGAAUCCCCUUACGAAGACAGCCAAGACAACUGAGCAGUAUCUUCAGCUCGAGCAGAACAUGACUCUUAUUGGUUUGGUCGGUAUGCUUGACCCCCCCAGAGAGGAGGUCCCCCGCUCUAUUCGCCAAUGCAAGGAAGCCGGUAUCAGGGUUAUUGUCAUCACUGGAGACAACCGAAACACAGCAGAGAGCAUCUGCCGACAGAUUGGUGUUUUCACUCAGCAUGAAGACCUCAAGGGCAAGAGCUAUACUGGACGUGAAUUUGAUAACCUCAGCCCCAGCCAGCAACUUGAAGCCGCCAAGAAUGCUUCUUUGUUUUCUCGUGUCGAGCCUGGCCACAAGUCCAAGCUUGUUGAUUUGCUCCAGUCCAUGGGAGAGGUUGUUGCCAUGACCGGUGACGGUGUCAACGACGCCCCUGCCCUCAAGAAGGCCGAUAUUGGUGUUGCCAUGGGUUCUGGAACUGAUGUGUCUAAGCUGGCUGCCGACAUGGUCCUGACAGACAGCAAUUUUGCCACCAUUGAGGUUGCUAUUGAGGAAGGUCGUUCUAUCUACAACAACACCCAGCAAUUCAUCCGCUACCUCAUUUCUUCCAACAUUGGCGAGGUUGUUUCUAUCUUCCUCACUGCCGCCCUUGGUAUGCCCGAGGCCCUUAUCCCCGUCCAGCUCCUCUGGGUCAACCUUGUCACCGAUGGUCUUCCUGCCACCGCUCUCUCCUUCAACCCCCCAGACCAUGACAUCAUGAAGCGCCAGCCUCGCAAGAGAGACGAAGUCCUGAUUGGCGGGUGGCUUUUCAUCCGCUACCUUGUCAUCGGUACCUAUGUUGGUCUGGCUACUGUCGCUGGAUAUGCUUGGUGGUUCAUGUACAACCCCGAUGGACCCCAGAUCUCCUUCCAGCACCUGUCCCGAUUCCACCACUGCUCGGCUGACUUCCCCGAGAUUGGCUGUGAGAUGUUCAGCAACGACAUGGCCAAGUCUGCUUCCACCGUGUCCUUGUCUAUCCUCGUCGUCAUUGAGAUGUUUAACGCCAUGAACGCCCUGUCCUCCAGCGAGUCACUCCUCAGCCUGCCUUUGUGGAAGAACAUGAUGCUUGUGUACGCUAUCGCUCUGUCCAUGGCCCUCCACUUUGCCCUUCUCUACACACCAGUUCUACAGACCCUUUUCCAGAUUCUGCCUCUUAAUGUGACGGAAUGGAAGGCAGUUGUUUAUAUCAGCGCACCUGUCAUUCUUCUGGAUGAGGUGCUCAAGUUUAUCGAGCGACAGUUCUUCAUGCAAAAGAUCGUCGUCGACGACGUCAAGGCCAAGAAGGAGCAAUAG